AUGUCUGGAAAAUCAAAUUCUGAUAAUGAGAUGAACCGAAAUCUCAUAUCGGAAAAUUCUUCGGAUUCAAUUAAUUUUAGCACUUCAGUUUUUAUUCCUGAUGAAGUAAUUGAUGCAAGUCUAAAUGAAUGGAUAUUUAGUUUAAUUGGUCGUUUGAAUUUAGUAAAUCUCAAAUUAUCGGUUGCUGAAGAAAAUCUGAGAAAACAACGGACUCUCAAAGGUAACUGUCAGUUCAUACCUAUUGGUAAAGGAUUAUUUAUUUUUAAACUUGAUAAUGGUGAUGAUAUGAAAUAUAUAUGUGAGGGUUACUGGGAUAUUAAAUCCCAAGCUUUAAGAUUGAGAUUUUGGGAAAGAGAUUUCAAACCAGAACUUCAAAAAUCUUCUAAUGCUUUUGUAUGGAUAACAUUUCCAGAUCUAAGCAUUGAAUAUUGGAAAGAAGCUAUUUUAAUGGCAAUGGGAAAUGCUAUUGGCAGACCAAUCAGAAUAGAUGAAAUAACACUGCAGAAAGAAAUUGGGUAUUAUGCAAGCAUCCUAGUUGAAGUAGAUUUAACAAAUGUAGUUCCAAACAAGGUAUGGGUGGAAUCUAAAUAUGGCAAGUUUGAGCAGGAGGUGAGAGCUUCUAAAAUUCCCAAAUUCUGCAUUCACUGCAAAACUAUUGGACAUAAUGUAGCAGAAUGUAGAACUUAUAGAAAAGGGAAAACACAAGAAGUUGCUCCUAAGCAACAAAAAUGGGGAUACACUCCUAAAAAAAUUCAACAACAUUCUGUGAUUGGUUUUGAUAUUUGUAACACUCCAGCUAAUGAAGGAACUUCACAGUCUCAUGAAAUAGAAGAAGGUGAAAUUGUCAUUCCUAAUGAUAAUCAAAAUAAAAUUCAAGAGAAAGUGGUGGAUUUCACUUUUAAGAAUUCUGCUCAGAAUGAUAUUGGUUAUCAGCAAACCUGUCAAAGGGAAUAUCACUAA